CAUUCUCCAUCCCGUCAGGAUUUUGAACAACCAUGCACAUAUGCCAGGCAUGUUUAUAAAGCCUCCAGGUGGAAGAUUCAAACUGCUUGGUUAGCCAUGUGGAUUCUGGCUCCCUUAACCACUAGACAGGUCCCUUUUCAAAGAAUGGACUUGUUAUUCAGCUAAGCAACAACCUUACUUAUUUUGGUCCCACUUUGAUUCUUAGCUCUAAGCAAUUAGCUCUGUGCAUGGCUAAUAGUAACUCAAAACCAUCAAGAUACUUCUAUUGAGAAAUCGAAACAACUUUUAGAACAGCAGCCCGCCCCGCCAUCAGAGCCAUGGGCGCCAUGAACCACGCUUCCCAAACCUCCUUCACUCGCGCCAGCGCCGGCUCUCCCCCGAACUAUGAGAUGCUCAGGGAAGAGCACGAGGUGUCUGUGCUGGGGGUGCCCCCGCCCGCGGUUCCAGUGACGUCCACCGUGAUCAACAUCCGCAGCGAGACCUCGGUGCCCGACCACGUGGUCUGGUCCCUGUUCAACACGGUCUUCAUGAACUACUGCUGCCUGGGCUUCAUCGCGUUCGCCUACUCCGUGAAGUCUAGGGACAGGAAGAUGGUGGGCGACGUGAUUGGGGCCCAGAACUACGCCUCGACCGCCAAGUGCCUGAACAUCUUUGCCCUGGUCAUCGACAUUAUUCUGACCCUCAUGUUCAUCAUCCUUUGCAUCGCGGCUCCAGUAAUAAUUGCAGAUAUGAUUCAGCUGAUGAAAGAGUCUUUCCAACGCUCAUAGUCAAUGACCAUGGCCUACAGCCUUGUCCACCCCCACU